CUCCCAACAAAGCAUGGGGUCGGACGGAGCGGAGCUGGGGCGCACAUGUGGAGGGGAUACUGAUCCUCCGAAGCACACGGGGAAGAUGAAGAGAAAGAGGCGUGAAUCCGAUCUGCGAGCUGCCGAGCAACAGGAUCUAGAAUCAUUCCAAGAUGAUGAAAGCAGUGGUGUUGAUGAAGAGGAAGAAGAUGAUGGGAGUAAAAGAUCUAGAAAGAGGAGCAGUGACAUGAAGAAAAAACAAAAAACAGAUGUUGGAUUAAUAGGGGCUCUGAAGUUAAGUAAAAGAGAACUAUACAAACCACCAACGAGUGAAGAACUCAAUCAGCUGAAAGAAACAGAGAAUCUCUUUCACUCCACUCUACUAAGAAUGCAGGUUGAAGAACUUCUAAAAGAAGUGAAAUUGAAGGAGAAGAAACGCAAGACUAUUGAUGCUUUCCUCCACGAAGUGAAUGAUCUUCUCAAAAAAAUACCAAAAACUGAGCAAGUUAAUAUUACGGACCAGUCCUGGCUUCCAAAGAAUGUUAAAGUUCCUUUCCUUCAAGUACCAUACAAUGUCAAAGGGAAGUUUCACUUCCUACCCCCAACUUCUGUAAAAGUUAUUGGAAGCUAUUUACUUGGUACCUGCAUCAAGCCACAUAUCAAUGUAGAUGUUGCCGUUACAAUGCCAGAGGAAAUCCUGCAAGCAAAGGACAACUUUAACCAGCGUUACCUCAGAAAACGAGCUCUCUACCUGGCUCACAUUGCCCAUCACUUAUCGAAGAACAAGCUCUUUGGAUCUGUGAAGUUUGGCUACUUCAAUAGCAACCACUUGAAGCCAAUCCUGUAUCUAUCUCCACAAGGUAAAGAUGAGAAGCUGGUCACCGUGAGGAUCCAUCCAUGUGCACCUGCUUCUUUCUUCAAGCUGUCGCGGUUUCAUCCCAGCAGAAACAACAUUCGUGCGUCCUGGUUUCUAGAACAAAAAUCUGCUCAAGGAGGAAAUGAUGAACCUCCUACACCACAUUAUAAUAACAGCAUCCUCCUUGACUUGGUGAUGGAACAGCAUCUUAAUUUCCUCUUCAGUAGUGCCACUGAUUUCCCCGGAAUGAAGGAUGGAAUUGGGCUUCUUAAAGUAUGGCUUCUUCAGAGGGAAUUUAACAAGGGCUAUGGCUGUUUUAAUGGAUUUCUAGCUUCAAUGCUGGUGGCGUAUUUGCUUUCGAAACGUAAACUAAACAAAAUGAUGAGUGGGUACCAGGUACUGCGGAAUGUCCUUCAGUUUUUAGCCGUCACGGACCUCGCUCAAAAUGGCAUCAGCCUUUUCCAGGGCACCGAUGACUCAGCGCCAUCACUUGCAGACUUUCAUCAGGCUUUUGAAGUUGUAUUUGUGGAUCCCUCAGGAUUUGUAAACCUCUGUGCUGAGAUGACAGCAAACAAAUACAAGCAGAUUCAGCAUGAAGCAGAGAAAUCAAUGGAAAUCCUUGACAAUAAGACUGUGGAUGGCUUUGAAAUGCUCUUGAUGACUCGGAAACAUUUCAUUCAAACAUUUGACCAUGUCUUUUUCCUGAAGAAUCUGGUCAAGCUGCAGGAAGGCUGUAAAAAGAUGAAACUGCUCAAUGAAUUGAUUGAUCACGGAGGCAACUACAUUGCUACGAUCCUGCCUCGCCUUCUGUCACUAUUAACCCAUGGACUCGGGCAGCGGAUUCACCUUCUCUCUCAUUCUCUUGUUCAGAUAUCUGAAUGGCCUAUAAAUGCGGAUCCUCCAAAACACAAGGAUGUCAAACAUUUAUCCUUUGGACUUUUACUGAAUCCUCAGUUUUCAAUGAAUGUUUUGGAAAAAGGGCCUCAGGCAAAUACUCUGGAGGCAGCAGAAUUUAGGGAAUUUUGGGGAGAGAGUUCUGAGCUGAGACGUUUCCAGGAUGGAUCCAUUUGCGAGGCUGUCCUGUGGAAGGGUGGCAACAUAUGUGACUGUCGGCAUAUUCCUGAGCAAAUUAUUAAAUACCUUCUUCAGCUACAUAUGGAUCUUCCAACGUCAAUGGUGUCUUAUGCUGGAGAUUUACUCGACUCUGUCAUGGAAGUUGAAAAGGGGUCUGCAGGGUUUGAGGAGAAGACCCUCAGUGUUGUGAAGUCGUAUGAUGAUUUGAGUCGAAAACUUUGGAAUCUCAAAGGACUUCCCUUGACUGUCACAUCCGUCCAAGGGACGCAUCCUGUGUUUCGAUACACAGAUGUUUUCCCACCAGAACCUGUGAAACCAGAUUACUCCUAUCAUAAGAAGAGUAAGGAUGGUAAAUGCUUGCUUCCUUUAGAAGAUAAGCCAUGCCCUGUAUAUGUCCCGGCAUUAAAAGUGAUCUGCCACAUGGAAGGAAGUGGGAAGUGGCCUCAAAACAAAGACGCUAUUCAACGCAUCAAAGCGGCAUUUCACAUCAGACUGGCUGAGCUCCUGGACCAGCAGCAUGGGUUGGCCUGCCAGCCCUCAGCUACCCACGUGGACGUGUACAAGGAGGGUUAUGUUUUCCGCGUCCAAGUUGCAUAUCACAGAGAACCUCUAAUUCUGAAAGAAAUCCAGACACCAGAUGGUAUGCUAAAAUAUCGGGAUACUGAAGAGACCUUCCAGCUAGAAUGGGAAACCCUUCAUCUGCCUUGUCUAACAAGCACAUUGCACGGGCUUCAACAGCAAUAUUCUGCGUACAGCGGAACAUGUCGAUUUGCAAAACGCUGGAUCAGUGCUCAGUUGCUCAGUGAUUACAUUGGCGAGGAGUGUAUUGACCUUCUAGCAGCCUACCUCUUCACCCAGCCUGCACCUUAUUCAUCGCCUGUCUCUCCACAAACUGGUUUCCUUCGCUUUCUGAAUUUGUUAUCAACGUUUGAUUGGAAGAAUAACCCACUGAUUGUGAAUCUGAAUGGUGAGAUAAAAGAUGCUGAAUAUGCUGAGAUUAAGAAUGACUUUACUGCAGCACGGAACCAGCUUCCUGUUAUGUUUAUCGCUACACCCAGUGACAGAAAAUCUUCAUUAUGGACCAAAAAACGUCCUUCAGCACCGAUUCUUCAACGAUUGAUCGAGCUAGCAAGUCAAUCAUUGGAAAUACUGCAAAGACAGCUGCUGGAUCCUUUUGAUAAACCUGAUCUUAAGAUGGUAUUCCGGCCACCUCUGGAUAUGUAUGAUGUCAUCAUUCACCUGAACCCCAAACAUAUACCAAGAUAUGUAGAAGCAGUUGAUAAGCCAAAAGUUACUUACUGCAGAGGGACAUUACAAAGUAAUGCAUCAGUAAAAUUCUUAAAGCUACCAGUGGUGGGUUAUGAUCCAGUUCAGUGUUACCUUCGUGAACUAAAGAGUGCUUUUGGGGAUUUUGCAUUAUUUUUCUAUGAUACAUAUGGAGGAAAUAUGAUUGCUGUACUUUGGAAUCCUCAGGCUUUUGUUCCUCAACCUUUUAAGACCUCCCAUGUUCAUGCUAGAAUGUUGGAAACAAAAGAAAAUGGACUUCAAAUGAUCCCCAAUGUGGAGGCUAUUUUGGAAGACUUUGAAAUACUUGGAGCUGGAUUGGUGAAGUCUAUCGAAGCACACACUGAGAAAUGGAAGAUCUAAGGACUUAAUUUUAUUAUCAAUAGAUACCUAUUCCCUCAUUUUGUAGGCACUCAGUUUGGAGAUUAUGAAAUGUAAAAUAUUAUAACUUGUACCAUUUGGAAAAAUAAAUGUUGUUUUAUAUAUAUACAUCUGGUGGCUCUACAGCAGAUCAUCUCAUGAUUUCUAGUUAUUUUACGGAAAGCAAUUUGUGUCAUUACACUUGUUGAUCGUGUUCAUGUGUCAGAGAUUUACUGUUAUUUCUUCCAUGUUAACUCUACAAAGUACUAAUUUUGAUUUCAGCUGUGAUCUGAAAUUGAACGUUACCUCUCUGGAUGCUUACUCUCUUUGCUUGAAAUAUCCAUAUGUGACAGUUUAACACUUGCUUUCCUGUGCGGCUUUUGCCCAUGUUGUUGGGUUUAAACAGACAGCAAAGCCAGUCAAUCAAUAACACUGACAUAGAAUGUAGAAAAACUUACAGCACAAUACAGGCCCUCUGACCUACAAUGCUGUGCCGAACAUGUACUUUAGAAAUUACCUCGGGUUACCCCUAGUCCUCUAUUUUCCUAAGCUGCAUGCACCUCUCCAGGAGUCUCUUAAAAGACAUUUAAGGUAAUUGGAGAUGACAUGUGUUUCUUGGAGAACUUUUCACAAAAUCUGAGAAUAAUUUAUCUUUAAUUUCUGUAAAUAGAUUUUUAAUUCGGCAUGGACUAGAAGAGCCGAGAUGGCCUGUUUCCGUGUUGUAAUUGUUAUAUGGUUAUAUAUUUGUUAUUGAAAAUUCUGGGGUAGGUGCUAUAAGAAACCCACCUAUUUAACACUAACCUAAUCACAGGACAAUUUGCAAUAACCUACUAACUGAUACGUCUUUGGAUUGUGAGAGGAAACCAAUGCAUUCACAGGAAGGAUGUCCAAACCUUUUAGAGACAACACUAUUGAACUCUGUACUCCAAUGUCUGGAGCUGUAAUCACUAUGCUAUCAUGGUGCCUCAUCUUUUAAACUUGAGACUGCUCUUUAAUGAUAAUAAACAAUAUAUAGGAAAUCCACCAAGUUACAUAAAUAGAUGGUAACAAAUAGAGAGCUACAGAAGAGUUUCAUUACUGAUUUGUGCUAGUUGGCUGUUGUGGUUCUUGGAGGAGCCGCUGCUCUCAGAGGGGCUGGUGGGUUCGAGUGGCUGCCCUGGGGCCGGUGGGUUCGAGUCACUGCCCUCAGAGAGGCUGAUGGGUUGGAGUCGCUGCUCUUGGAGGGGCCGAUGAGUUCCGAUCGCUGGUUUUCUGUAUUGCGAUCUGGAGAAGGCAAAUCUCAGAGUUGUAUUCUGAAUAUGUACUUUGAUAAUAAA